GUCUUAUUUUUUUUUAUUUGUUUAUCAUUUUUUCACGAAACCGGAGGAUCAGAGGGAUCCCAACCCUCGCCCCGGUUCGGAUCUCUGCUUGGAUUUGGGAUCUUAGGGGUGUUGGUUGAGUAUAUUGUUUUUUGGUUGCUGAAGAUAUGGCCUCUACUAAAGCCUCACACCUUUCUCUUGCUGUGGCAUUGUUCGGGUGCUUGUCCUUUAUUUUUGGUGUUAUUGCUGAGAAUAAGAAGCCUCCAUUCGGAACUCCAGUUCCUGGAAAAGAUGUUGUCAUAUGCAAAUUCCCCACUGAUCCCACAGUUGCAUUGGGCAUUGUAUCUAUUGCUGCUCUUUUCAUUUCAACUCUUCUAGGAUGGUUAUCUGUAUUCUUCCCAUACGGAGGAAAAUCUGUCCCAAAGGACAUCAUGUUCCGCAAUACAACAUUACUUGUAUUCUUCACAGUUGCAGUGGGAGUAUUUGUUCUAGGGGAAGGGAUGAUGAUAUGGGCUACAAUCACCGAAGCGCUCCACCGUAUCCACAAUGUGCAUCAAGAUCUUAACUACGCAUGCCCAACGGCGAAGACGGGUCUAUUCGGUGGAGCUGCAUUCUUGGCCCUCGACACCGCCCUUUUCUGGCUCGUCUGCCAAAUGCUAACACAAAAUGUCAGAACCGAUUACUUCGAAGAAGACGAUCCGAAAGGCGAAUAUGGACAAGUUCUUGCCACAGACUAUGUUCCUACUGCAACUGGACAUACAGCUUAGCACUUCUAAGUUCCAAGCAAGACGAUAUCGAUAAACCGAUUUCAUUAUUUAUUAAUCUUGUAAUCCCUGCUUUGAUGAGGAGAGACAAAUUUGUGGUUUCAAUUCAAUUGAAUCAAUCAUGUAAAUAAGGAUUCAUCAAAGGUAGUCUUACAUCAUUUGAAUCCUUGUUACCAAACUCAAUGUCCCAACUUUGUUCUCUUCUUCAAUUCAAAUCAAUGGAAAGAAAUUCAAUA